AUGCGACAUCUGCCGUCAAGCCAAACAAAAGGUUUGUUCUAUCAAGACUCCGAGAACCAUAUGCUCAUCAGACGUAUACAGUGUGUGCCGGAAGGACAUGGGUGUCAGCGAUGUUCUGAGAGAAAGUUAGAUUGCCCAGGCCUGACAAAAGCGAAGCGCACCAAGCCCCGAUCACCCGUCUUGAUUGGGCCAUCACCGUCUUCGACCGCUACGACUUCUUCUGUUACCGGAACACCUCUCGAAGCUCCAUCAUCUGCCUCUAGCGAGCUACCGGCCCCGGAAACAGUAUUCGAUCUGCAACCCGGCUAUCAAUGGCGCAACAUUUGGGGGGCGGUGACUCCAGAAUGGACCCAGAGCUUCCCUUCAGACAGAUAUGGAUCACACUGGAUGUUCGUACCCGAGGCCAUCUCAGAAACAUCAACCCGCGAGCCGUACGCUCCAGAUACAAAGAGCGAGGACUCCGAUGUUUUGGAUGAGCUUCAAGGUCUUGAGAUUGGACUGGACUUCUUGGAUGAAUCAGAAGACGAAGAUGAAACUAUCUAUGAAGAAGAGGAAACCGUCGGCGAUGAUGACGACGAAAAGACUAUCCUCCCUGACGAGGAAGAAUUGGCUCUCGUUGAACUGGCUUUGAAACAUCUCCGGGACCGCGCGUCUGUGGCCGAAAUGAGAAAGCCCAUUUUGAUCAGCUAUCUCAAGAUUUUACGACCAAAUGGAUCAGGCAAUGUGGAGUGUCCAUUCUGUCAGUGGAGUUUCAACAGAGAGCAGCUCAAUCUUGAGAGCAUCAGGAGUCAUUUUCGAUGCUGUGGGGACUGGGCAGCUGCCACCCCGCUCUGCUCGCUUGACUACAGUGAACAACAGCAUGAAAUCGAGCUGCGAGAAGUUAUGGACAAACUGCAAAGGCUUUGGUCCAAGCGCAAACCAUUACCUUAUAGAGCGUUACCAUGCCUCGUAUGCCAAACGCUCUGCCUUGCUGAUACGUUCGACGGAAUGAAUUGGCACGAUGAAGACAACACCACAGACAUGUUGGAUGUUGGUGUUUAUCUUGCCUGCCACAAAAGGGAAAUCGAACGGCUCUUUGCCAAAGCCCAGGCUCGUCAACAAGAAUGGAAUUCAAUGGAUAAUGAUGCCAGAGAGAUGGAGAAAGCACGCUGCAGUUGGGUCCUGGAGUGCGAGCGCUCAACCUAUCGCCGGUGGCCGGAGAUGCCACAAUUCAACGUCCUAAGGGACCUGAAUAGAGUUUUCAGCUCACGCUAUCGACAGUUCUGCCAACUUGCAGCAGAGUCUCUUUCAGCAGAUCUGACUUCUUUCAUUCACGAGCUGCGAGAGAAAUGCCCGAAACCAAAAGAUUUACGCCGACUAGGAACUCGGAUAUUCAAGCAGGUCAUACAGGGAACUUCUCCGACCACCCUAUUGGAGACAUUUGCAUUCAUCAGUUUGUCCCAAGCUAUGGCUACUGUCAUGCAUCGUCGCGAUAUACAUAUUAACUUGGAUCCUGGAACAGUCGACUACCUUUCCUGGAGGACUUGUAUCGAAGACGAGGCGAGCAGGGGUCUCUAUGACGAAAUUCUGAUUGUGUGGUUCCAUCCUCAGUGGAAGGACGAGCUUCAUUCUGGCGAGAGCAACCAAAGCCCUCUUUCGGCGCAGGAAGCGAUGAAGAGACUUGUUCUUCAAUUGAUGAAGGCCAAACAAACGAAUGGGGCGUUCAAGUUUUCGGCAUUCCUAAACCUUGACCCCUUUACCCCAAAACAAGCACACCAAGCGUCGACUUGUGCAUUGCAGUCAUUGUGGGAUGACGAUUGCGAGCCCUCCAGUUCUCCAGCCCACACCCACCCGGAUAAAGAAGCCAAGGAUGAUCCAGGAGGGAGUGGUACUGAGGCGCUGAUAAAUACUGCCAUAUUCAUUGGAGUAUGGGUGUUCAUGAUAUACAUCUCCGCACUUGGUGUGGCUUUGCUAUACCUAGGCAAUCCCGAACAACGCUGUUACUUGAUCACCGGGGACGGUGAAGAACACGUGGCUUCUGCCCGCAAUGUUGUUCUGGCUGCCGAGAAGAUGAAGGGCAGGAUUCUCGACCGCCUUCGUCAUCACCUAAGCCUCACAGCACUGGAUGGCAUUGUCAGGGCCGUGGAAGAGGUGUUGGACGGGGGUUAUGUCUGGUCCGUGUCGGAUCUCCACAUUUGCUUGGAACAAGCGGUGCAGAAUCACGUUGAGGAACCUGGCCUGCGGUCACUGCUGUACACCGAGAUAAGACAUUUGUGUAAAGAAGCUCUCAACUGGGUUGAGCCAAUCUGUGAGAGGCAUCGUGGUGGAUGUAUGUUUGUACCAGUUGCACUGUGA